AGUACCAAGUCGUCUUCAGUUAAACGACUCUUUUAAAUUUUAAUCAUACAAACUAUUUUUUUAAGAAUUCAGGAUGCUGCCCUCGGCUGCAGUUUUUCAUUUCCCCUGGGAAAUAAUCUCUGGAAGCGUGGAGGAAGGACAAUCAGUCAGAACAUUUGGCAGACUUGUAUGCUAUCAGCCUGAGGAGUCCAGGGCUACGCUGUCAGCACAGCAUGCUUCUAAAGAGCACCAUGUGGUUGUCCACACCUUGUUUGUGGAGCCCUUCAACCCCAUAAUUGGAGCCCAGUACAUCGUGCUGGGUGAGAUAGAAAAUGAUGAGGGAGUCGGUGCAAUGGUCCGUGCCCGUGUGCUGAACUGUGUUGACGGUGUAAACAUUGCCCUUCUGGAGAAAGCCAUCACUGAACAAAGAAACUUCUUCACAGAGAGGGAGCGCAAACUGGGUGCACAACCUGCAGAUGCAACAUGAUCAGGGACUUUAUUCAUGUGGUUUCUCAAGGUGAUCUUUGGUCAUCAGAGCUGAAGUGAUGCCCCUUGCUGUGCUGUCUCAACAGUGAACUUAAAAACUGUCUAAAUUUGCGUAAAAGACACAGGUUCACUUCUGAGAGUUUACGUGACUGUCCUGUGAUCUGGGAUUUUUCUGCACUUUAUCAAGGGAUUGCUUUUAAACAGCUAAAGCCCCACAUUAGUGGGGCAUUAUUAGAUUUUCUUGUAGGGUCAUUAAAGAGUUACAAACAGAUGGUUUGGGUUUAUGGCUCAUAAAUAUGUCACAUUUUUAGUUUUGUCUGCGAUUCUGAAGACUCCAGGUGAUGAUUCGGCAUGGACACAGCUUUAAAGAUAUGAGCAAAUAUCUGUAUGCAUGUAAUAUGAUAAAACUUCACUAUAUGUCCAAACAUACUGGGCCAUCAGGAGCAGCUUGGCCAUGGAAACAUCAGUGCCAGAAGAGGUUAGGAUUCUGCAGCUGUUAAGCCAGCAGAGUUUUGGUGAAUAUUAUGCAUUGCACCUCAACGCUUGGUGCUCCCUUUCUGUAACUGUGCGUUGUCUGCUACUUUGAGACUGAAUUGUGUCCUAAAAACUUCGCAAACUUAAUAUUGGGGAAUCUCAUCUGACUGUUAAAGUUUAGGUUAGGUUCAUGUUGUCUGUCCCAUUAAUUUUAUCAGCCAAGUGUGUCCUUAGCGGCAGUUAAUGUUAAGAAAUGAUCAGAUGUAGAAAUUUUUGUAGAAACUGAAAUAAAGUCAUCAGUGGCUUCCUUUUA